GUUUUUUUUUUGGGUUCCAUUCGAGUAAAUGUCGUAUUUGGGCAAAACCUAACUAAGUUUUUUCACUUGCGGUUUGGUGUUGUUUUGUUUGUUCGACAAAAAUAAAAUAAAGUUGCUCUCAUCGGGGAAAGUAGAAGAAAUGUGGAGAAGAGUGAUCGGAAAUGUCGCCGUCCGGCAUCAGUUACAGAGAGCUCUAUCCAAUAAAGCCGGUGGAAGUGGAAAGAGCGGAAACGUUUCAGCUGCUGUGGAUUCGAUGCUUCUCCGUUCCCUUAAGGAACAUUACCUUGAAGUUUCUAAGAUGACCCCUCCUCCGAAAGUGAGUCCUCCUUCGCCAUUUGAGAUUGUGAAAGGAUCGCUUGAAGGAACUGGAGGAGCUGUUCUGAAGAAAUCUAUUGGAAAUGAAGAAAUCAAUCUUUUCGUUAUGCGGUUGGCUCAUGGAGGUGAUGAGGAAGAAGACGAUGGGAUCAACCAGUUGUUCCUCCAUGUGGCUGUGUCUAAGCCAAAUCAGGCUGAUUCUUUGCAUUUCCUUUGCGGUCUUUACCCUGACGCUUUGGGUAUUCACUCCGUUUCCAUGAGGCCUAAACUCGAGUCUUUGGAGAUUUCUGAUGAUCCUACUCAAUACACUGGCCCUUCUUUUGAAGAGCUCGAUGAGAAGAUGAGAGAUGUAUUUCAUGGCUUCCUAGAGGAGCGAGGUGUGAACGAGAGUCUCUUCCCGUUUCUUCAGGCAUGGCUCUAUGUAAAGGAUCACCGUAACCUACUGCGAUGGUUCAAAACUGUUGGCACAUUUGUUCAUGAAAACCCAUCUGCAGAAAACUCCUAGAAGAACAAUACUUUUCAGUGCUUGGAUAAGUUUCUGCGGUUAAAUGUUUUAGCAGAGCAUCAAACCGCGCUUAGAUGAUACAGCUCAAAUGUUUCAGGAACUGAAUCACUUUUGCUUCUUCCAAACUAUUUUAAGAACAUAUUCAUCCAUGAUAUGAUGUUAUUUAAGAAAAGGUUCACUUUAUAAGUC